AGGAGCACUUUAGACCUGGAGGCCGCGAGCCCCACCCGGGAGCAGGCGGCUGCGCGGCUUCAGCACCACGGACAGCGCUCGACCCGCAGCCCUAGUAUCCGAGAGGCUGCGCGCUAUGCUGGCUGCAUGGCCGGGCACUCCAACUCAAUGGCGCUGUUCAGCUUCAGCCUCCUUUGGCUGUGCUCAGGGGUUUUGGGAACUGACACAGAGGAGCGGCUAGUGGAGCAUCUCUUAGAUCCCUCCCGCUAUAACAAGCUGAUUCGUCCAGCUACUAACGGCUCCGAGCUGGUGACUGUACAGCUCAUGGUAUCAUUGGCUCAGCUCAUUAGUGUGCACGAGCGGGAGCAGAUCAUGACCACCAAUGUCUGGCUGACCCAGGAGUGGGAAGAUUACCGCCUCACAUGGAAGCCUGAGGACUUCGACAAUAUGAAGAAAGUCCGGCUCCCUUCCAAACACAUCUGGCUCCCAGAUGUGGUUCUAUACAACAAUGCUGACGGCAUGUACGAAGUCUCCUUCUAUUCCAAUGCUGUGGUCUCCUACGAUGGCAGCAUCUUUUGGUUACCACCUGCCAUCUACAAGAGUGCAUGCAAGAUUGAGGUGAAGCACUUCCCAUUUGACCAGCAGAAUUGCACCAUGAAGUUUCGCUCAUGGACCUACGACCGUACUGAGAUUGACUUGGUGCUCAAAAGCGAUGUGGCCAGUCUGGAUGACUUCACACCCAGCGGGGAGUGGGACAUCAUCGCACUGCCAGGCCGACGCAACGAGAACCCAGACGACUCCACCUAUGUGGACAUCACCUAUGACUUCAUCAUUCGUCGCAAACCACUCUUCUACACCAUCAACCUCAUCAUCCCCUGUGUACUCAUCACCUCGCUGGCCAUCCUGGUCUUCUACCUGCCCUCAGACUGUGGUGAAAAGAUGACACUUUGUAUUUCUGUGCUGCUAGCACUCACGGUGUUCCUGCUGCUCAUCUCCAAGAUUGUGCCUCCCACCUCCCUCGAUGUACCGCUGGUGGGCAAGUACCUCAUGUUCACCAUGGUGCUAGUCACCUUCUCCAUCGUCACCAGUGUGUGUGUGCUCAAUGUGCACCACCGCUCGCCUACCACGCACACCAUGGCCCCCUGGGUCAAGGUGGUCUUCUUGGAGAAGCUGCCCACCCUGCUCUUCCUGCAGCAGCCACGCCACCGCUGUGCACGUCAGCGCCUGCGCUUGAGGAGGCGCCAGCGGGAGCGUGAGGGCGCAGGCGCGCUUUUCUUCCGUGAAGGUCCUGCGGCUGACCCAUGUACCUGCUUUGUCAACCCUGCAUCAGUGCAGGGCUUGGCUGGGGCUUUCCGAGCUGAGCCCACUGCAGCCGGCCCGGGGCGCUCUGUGGGGCCAUGCAGCUGUGGCCUCCGGGAAGCAGUGGAUGGCGUACGCUUCAUUGCAGACCACAUGCGAAGUGAGGAUGAUGACCAGAGUGUGAGGGAGGACUGGAAAUACGUUGCCAUGGUGAUCGACCGCCUGUUCCUGUGGAUCUUUGUCUUUGUCUGUGUCUUUGGGACCGUCGGCAUGUUCCUGCAGCCUCUCUUCCAGAACUACACUGCCACUACCUUCCUCCACCCUGACCACACAGCUCCCAGCUCCAAGUGAGGUCUCAUUCAUUUGCAGCUCCUCACCCCGUGACCCCUGGGGUUCAGUACUGGGUGCAAGAUGGAUCUCUCCCCACUCCACUGAAGCCUGCUUCACACCUCCGUUCACACAUAGUCCUCCAGCCUGGAGGCUGGACCCGCUGCCUCGUGGUCGAGCCUUCUCCUUUCCCUCUGAGCUCAUUCAGGCAGGAGUGCCAAUGGUGGUGGCCACGGCUGGUAAGUAGAGGCCAGAGAUCACAGAGCCACCUACCCCGAUGAGGGUGCUGGAGAAGGCGCCAAGAAAGGGACAGAGUUAUCGGUGACCUCCAAGUCAUCGGAGAGGAGGAAGUAGGAUGAGGGGCUCAGAUU